GCUCGUUCCCGGUGACGUCCUCACAUCGCGACCCAGCACCGGGGGCCGGCUUGUCAUGUGGCCGGGCGGCUGCCGGUGGCUCCCAGUUCUUCUACAAGGGUACCUCAACCUCGGGCGCCUCACCUCUGCCAGGACUUGGGGUAGUUGUUGGGGUCCGAUGGCGGAAACAUUCUCAAUUGGGGCCGAGGCAGCGAGUGGGCUGAGGGCUCCGGUUCAACAAAACGGAGACGCAGGUGGCGACGCAAGGGGUGAGCGGACCUCCGGGAGUCCGAAGCCUGUGGACGCGGGAGUGGAGCCGCCCCAGGAGGUCGGGAAGCAGACCCCAGUGAGCGAGGAGCAGGCCCCGGUUGCCCCUUCGGGUCCAGGCAAGCGUAAGAAGCGACGGGACGCCACCAGGGAGCGCGUCGUGCCACCCCCGAAGAAGCGGCGGGCAGGGGUGAGCUUCAGCGAUGAGCAUUUUGCAGAGACCAGCUACUACUUCGAAGGCGGCCUGCGCAAAGUACGGCCUUAUUACUUUGACUUCCGGACCUACUGCAAGGGCCGCUGGGUGGGCCACAGCUUGCUCCACGUCUUCAGCACCGAAUUCCGAGCCCAGCCCCUGGCCUACUAUGAGGCCGCAGUCCGGGAAGGGCGCCUGCAUCUCAACGAGGAGCCGGUACAGGACCUCAGUAUUGUGCUCAAGGAUAAUGACUUCUUGAGGAACCGGGUGCACAGGCAUGAGCCACCAGUCACAGCAGAGCCUGUCCGCCUGCUUGCUGAGAAUGAGGAUGUGGUGGUUGUAGACAAGCCUUCUUCCAUUCCUGUCCACCCUUGUGGCCGGUUCCGACAUAACACUGUCAUCUUCAUCCUGGGCAAGGAGCACCAACUCAAAGAGCUACACCCAUUGCAUAGGCUUGACCGCCUUACCUCGGGGGUCCUCAUGUUUGCCAAGACAGCGGCUGUUUCAGAGAGGAUUCAUGAGCAAGUUCGGGACCGGCAGCUGGAGAAGGAGUACGUGUGCCGGGUAGAGGGGGAGUUCCCCGCUGAGGAAGUGACCUGCAAGGAGCCCAUCUUGGUGGUAUCUUACAAGGUAGGGGUGUGCCGUGUAGAUGCUCGGGGCAAGCCCUGUGAGACAGUGUUCCAGAGACUGAGCUACAACGGCCACUCCAGUGUGGUGCGGUGCCGGCCCCUCACAGGCCGCACUCACCAGAUCCGAGUUCACCUCCAGUUCCUGGGCCACCCCAUCCUCAAUGACCCCAUCUACAACUCAGUUGCGUGGGGCCCCUCUCGGGGCCGGGGCGGCCACAUUCCCAAGACAGAUGAGGAACUGCUUCGCGACCUUGUGGCAGAGCACCAGGCCAAACAGAGCCUGGAUGUGCUAGAUCUCUGUGAGGGCGAUCUGUCCCCAGGACUCAUAGGCUCUACAGCUCCCUCCUCAGAGCUGGGCAAGGACCACCUAGGAGAGUUGGCCGCAUCUGCCCAGAAGAUGGAUGGAGCAGUUGAGGCAGCUCCUCAGGUUCUGGACACAAUGGCCUUGGCACCAGAAAAGGCAACUGAAACAGAUGUUGUGAAUCAAGAGAUAGAUCCUCUCUGCGAAGAGUGCCGGCUGGUGCGCCAGGACCCCUUGCCCCAGGACCUUGUGAUGUUCCUGCAUGCUCUGCGCUAUAAAGGGCCAGGGUUUGAGUAUUUUUCACCGAUGCCUGCCUGGGCACAGGAUGACUGGCAAGAAGACUGAGGGCUAUGGCCAAUGGGAGGAUCGCUGCUUGAAUUGGAAAAGGAAUGGGCCAUGGAGUAGGAGCUGACCUCACAGCCUGGUACUCAGGGUUUCUACAGGAGUGAGGCUGGGCUCUGAAAGGAUCUCCUUAUACUUGCUACCUCCUCCUUUCCUCUCCCUCUAGCUAGAGUUAAGGAACUUGUUGGCAUGUAAAUAUAUCCUUUUUUCUAACACCUUGUGUGUCAGGUUUUCUUACCUUUUUUUUUAAUUGAGGUAAAAUUCACAUAAUGUACAAUUAACCAUCUGAAGAUACACAGUUUAGUGACAUUUAGUACAUUCACAAGGUUGUGCAAGCAUCGCCUCACCUUGGAGGUGAGGUUUUAAAACAUUUCCAUCACCCAAACCCAUACCCAUUAAACAGUCACUCCCCAUAUCUCCUUCUCCUAGCUCUAGUGACCAUUGAUCUACUUUCUGUACGCAUUUGUCUAUUUUGGACUUUUCAUAUAAAUGAAAUCCUAUAGUAUGUGACCUUUUAUGUCUGUCUUCUUUUGCUUAGCAUAAUGUUUUUAACUUCUGUCCAAUUUAUAGCAUGUAUCAGUACUUUGUUCCUUCUUUUUUUUUUUUUUUAGAUUUUUAUUUAUUAAGAGACUAUGCACAUGCAUAAGAGAGCACAAGCAGGGGGAGAGGCAGAGGGAGAAGCAGACUCCCUGCUGAGCCUGUGAGGCUCUACCCCAGGACCCUCAGCCUAACUGAGUCACCCAGGCUCUCCACUACUUCAUUCCUUUUUAUGGCAAAAUAAUACUCCAUAUGGGUAUACCACAUUUGUAUAUCCAUCAGUUGAUGAACAUUUGGGUUGUUUCCACCUUUUGGCUAUUGUGAGUAGUGCUGUUAUGAACAUUCAUGUAUAAGGUUGUGUUUGAAUAGAUGUUUUCAGUUCUUUGAGUAUAUACUAAGGAAUGGAACUGCUAGAUCAUAUGGUAAUUCUAUUUUUAAUAUUUUGAAGAAUCACCAAACUGUUUUUCCACAGUGGCUGAGCCAUUUUACAUUCACAAGGAUUUCAAUUACUCUAUCCUCACCAAGACUUGUUAAUUUUCAUUGUUUUGAUUAUAACCAGCCUAGUGGGAGUGAAGUGUUCUUGCAUUGUGGUUUUGAUUUUCAUUUCCCUGUUCAGCAUUAUUGCAUGUGCUUCCUGGCUAUUUUUAUAUCUUUGGAGAAAUGUCUGUUCAAAUCUUUUGUCCAUUUUUUUUUUUAAGAUUUUAUUUAUUUAUUUGACAGAGAGAGAGAUCACAAGUAGGCAGAGAGGCAGGCAGAGAGAGGAGGAAGCAGGCUCCCCGCAGAGCAGAGAGCCCGAUGCGGGGCUUGAUCCCAGGACCCUGGGAUCAUGACCUGAGCUGAAGGCAGAGGCUUUAACCCACUAAGCCACCCAGGCACCCAUGCGGUAAGAACACUUAACAUGAGAUCUACCCCUUAACAAAUUUCUGUGUGUACAGUAUUGCAUAGUUAACUAUAGGCACAAUGUUUUAUAGCAGAUCUCUAGAACUUAAUCAUCUCACGUAACUAAAACUUUAUGCCCAUUUAAUAACAGUUUCCUAUUUCCCCCUACCCCCAACUCUCUGCUUCUAUGUAUUUGCCUGUUUUAGAUACCUGAGAAAAAAAAUUGUUUUCCUUUACUUACUAUUCACAGAAUACUCUGUACUUCAAACAUGUGGAGAGUUUCCCCGAACCAUGCAAUUCUCCCAACACCAGCUGGGUGCCUACAAUUUAACAAUUCUGACACUAUCUACCUGGAGAUAACAUCAGAUCCCACAGGUUAAGGGCCCAGUCCCACAAGAUUGCUCCACAUCAGAUGUCAGUUGCAGACCCAGGUUGUCACCUGUGCUUCUGACCAACCAGAAAUCAGAGAUUCCAACAACCCCCUCCUUGGGUUCAGUUAUUUACUAGAAUGGCUCACAGAACUUAGGAACAGUUUACUUACUAGAUUAUUGGUUUAUUACAAAGAAUAUUAAAGGGAUGGGGUGCCUGGAUGGCUGAGUUGGUUAAGUGUCUGCCCUUGGCUCAGGUGGUCCUAGGAUUGAGCCCCCCAUCAGGCAUCCACUUGGUGGGGAACCUGCCUCUCCCUCUCUCUCUGCUUCUUGCCCCACUUGUGCUCUCUCGCUCUCUCUCAAAUGGAUAAAUAAAAUCUUUUUAAAAAAGAAAAGAAUAUUAAAGAAUAUGACUGAACUGCCAGAUGAGGAGACACACAAGGCAAAGCCUCAAAAGGCCCUGAGGCGGGGCGCCUCGGUGGCUCAGUGGGUUAAGCCGCUGCCUUCAGCUCAAGUCAUGAUCUCAGGGUCCUGGAAUCGAGUCCCGCAUCGGGCUCUGUGCUCGGCGGGGAGCCUCCUUCCCUCUCUCUCUCUGCCUGCCUCUCUGCCUACUUGUGAUCUCUCUCUGUCAAAUAAAUAAAUAAAAUCUUUUAAAAAAAAAGAAAAAGAAAAAGGGUCCUGAGGCAUAGAAGCGUCUGACCCUGAAGUGUUAGGGGUGUGCAAUCCCCUGGCAUGUGAACACCUUCUUGUUCACCAACCCAGAAGCUCUUUGAACUUCAAAAGUCAGUUAGGAUUUUUAUGGGUGAUUCAUUACUUAGGAAAUGAUUGAUUAACCAUCAUUGGUCACUGGUUAUUAAGUCAAUCUUCAGUUGCCUACCCACAAGCCCCCCAAGUUGGUAAGUGGGCUGAAAGUUCCAACCCUCUUAUCAAUAGAGUUGGUUCCCCUGGUCAAUCAACCCCCAUCCUUAAGUGCUUUUCAAAAGUCACCGCAUUAAACUCAACUGUGGUUGAAAGGGAUGUGUAAUAAGUAACAAAAAAUACCUUGAUCAUUCCUGUCACUUAGGAAAUCCCUAGAGUCUUAGGAGCUCUGCCAGGAACAUGAAUGAAGACCAAAUACAUAUUAUAAAUCACAGUAUCACGACACUACAAGUGGAAUCAUCCAGUAUUUGUCUUUUUGUGAUUGGCUCAUUUCACUUAGCUUAAUGUCCUCAAGGUUUGUCCAUGUUGUAGCUUGUGAUGGGAUCUCUUCCUUUUAAAAGUUGAAUAAUAUACCACAUUUUGCUUAUCUAUUCAUCUGCUUUUGGACACUUGGACUGCUUCUACCUCUUGGCUAUCAUGAAUAGUGCUGCUAUGAACAUAGGAGUACAAAUAUCUUUUAAGACUCUACAUUCAAUUCUUUUGGGUAUAUAGCCAGAAAUAGGAUUGCUAGAUGAUAUGGUAUUUCCAUUUUUAUUUUUUUAAAGAUUUAUUUAGUUAGUUAUUUGAGAAAGACACAUGCACAUGAGCAGGGAAGGGCCAGAGGGAGAGAGAGAAGCAGGCUCUCCACUGAGCAGGGAGCCCGAGGCGGGUCUGGAUUCCAGGACCCUGGAAUCAUGACCUGAACCAAAGGCAGAUGCCCUGCUAUUUUUAAUUUUUUUAAACAUUUAUCUACUUAGAGAAAGCAAGAGAGUGUAUGAGCAGGGAGAGGGGCAGAAGGAGAGAGAAGCAGACUCCCUGCUGAGCACAGAGCCCAACAUGGGGCUCAAUCCCAGACCCUGAGAUCAUGACGUGAGCUGAAACCAAGAGUUAGACACUCAACCGACUGAGCCAAUGAGGCACCGCUUUAUUUUUAAUUUUUUGAGGAAACACCAUUUUACAAUCCUGUUAAUAAUGUAAAAGGGUGAGGGGCGUCUGGGUGGCUCAGUCAUUAAGCAUUUGCCUUCUGCUUAGGUCAUGAUCCCAGGGUGCUGGGAUGGAGCCCCACAUUAGGCUCUUUGCUCAGCAGGGAGCCCACUUUCCCUCUCUCGCUGUGUCUCUCUCUGUCAAAUAAAUAAAAUCUUAAAGAAAAUAAUGCAAAAGUGUUCCAAUUUCUCUACAUCCUUGCUAACACUUGUAAUUUUUCAUUUUUUGUUUUCUUAUAAGUAUGAGGAAUUAUUUCAUUGUACUUUUGGUUUGCAUUUCCCCAAUGAUUAAUGACAAUGAACAUGUUUUUCAUUUUCCUUUUGGCCUUUGUAUGUCAUUUAGACAAAUGUCUGUUCAAGUCCUUUAUACAUUUUUCAAUCAGGUUUGAUUUUUUUGUUGAAUUGUAGUUCUUUACAUAUUCUGGAUGUUAACCCCUUAUCAGAUAAAUGAUUUGCAAAGAUUU